AUGAUAGGAACUUUCGCUUCGGCCGAGAUUCGUCAGUUGCUUCAAGACCACGGCUUUCCUGGCAUUUGGGCAGCCCUGCAAGUCGACCGGAUGAAGCUAGCAGCACUGAACACUACCGCCAAAGAAUUUUACAUCAAGCUCGGAGAUUUAGUAUUCCGCAAUAAGUGUGGCAUGCAGAUUCAUCGUCUACUAGUGGUGGGCGAGGAUAUUAAUCCCUUUGAUGUGAACGACAUGACGUGGGCAUUUGCUACAAGAUGUAGGCCGUCGAUGGACGAGUUUCAUUUCGAAGAUGUCCCAGCCUAUCCUCUCGUGCCAUAUAUGUCGCACGGGCCUUGGGCGAAGCUCACCGGCGGAAAGGUCGUGGCCAACUGUCUAUUGCCAGAGGAGUAUGAAGGCAAUCAAGGUUGGGUGGCAUGUGAUUUUGAGAACGGAUAUCCCGAAGAGGUUAUAAACGGGGUCUUGAGUCGACAAGGGGAGUUUGGCUUAUGA